CACUAUCUUGACCAUUGCAACCACAAGCAAAUGAUWGUUGGGGUGCGUGCCAUCCAUUUUUUUGUAGGAAGUAAAAACAUAGGAAAAAAACAUGCCGAAAACGAAAACCCAGGGAGGAGUAGCGCGAACCAAAAACGGUUCUGCCCAUUCCGGCGACAGAAUGAAGAAAAAGAACGACAAAAACAAUAACGCACAAGAAAAGAAUGCUGUUUCUUCCAACAAGAAUACUAAAUCGAAAGGCRAAAACAGCAAAGAKAAAGACAUGGAUUGGAUCGCAUCGCUCGUCAAAGAGAAUGCGUCCAGAGACGAUGGAGCGGGGGSAAACACUAUCCCCUCGAAAGAAGAUCGGAAAAGAAAACGAGAGAUGAAGAAAAACCGAAGGAUGGAACAACAACAACAGAAGCAGCAGCAGCGGCAACAAAAUCAGCGGCAACAGGUGCCGGUGCCAWCAUACACCGUCGAAAAGUCKAGCAAGACMAAAACGUCACAACGGACCAGCGCACUGCAUUCGGCUCAGCAGGAGGCGCGAUCAGCGAUGUUGCUGAAAGUGUCGAAACACCGCAUUCGUCGAUUGUGCCGCACCCUGAAAGUCGUUCAAAAAUCUGUAUCCGGCGAGAAGGGACCGUCUAAAGUACGCUUCAGUCCAUACUACGAUCUCCCUAAGGGCAGCAACCCAAAGGCRCCUCGUACAAGCAACGGCGUACCCACCAAGAAGAGGAAACGACAGAAAUGGUCCGAGGAUUCCAUUCAACCUCUCCGAUCGGAUUACAGUGGAAUCGGAAUGGCGCGCGAGUCCAUGUACAUCGAGUUCGUCGAUCCUUCCUAUUUUCCAAAACUAGAAGAAGAAUUUCAGGAACACAUACCCGGAUUUUUUGGGAAGCAGCGGACCAAAGCUAUGAAACGACAGAUGGACGGAAACAUGCUGUGGAGGCGAUUGGCAAACGAGAAAAAGAAGAACGGMGGCAGCAAAAAAUUUAAGGAAAUGUCUACAGACGAACGGCUACAAGCGAUGUUGGACUCUACCGACARAAGCGAUUUGCUGRGGCAAAAUUGAGRUUAAUUUUAAGCUUCCUGACCGAAUCGAAAGCAUUUCACGUGUCAGAUGGUAGCAGAUCCCAAUCGAGCAUUGUUCUGAUAAAUUUUCUCUGGAAAAAUUGGAAUUUCUACACGUAAAGCAUACCUCUCGACCAAACAGGCACAAAAUCAAAUAAAGAGUUAAAAACUUA